AUGAACGCGACGACAACGUUGCUCUCGUUUCCCGAGUUCAUCUCGAGAUGUGCGUUCGUGAACACAUCGACCGCAAAGACAACAACGGUUUCGUCGUUGGAUGAGAUUGACUUUUCACGCGCGGUGGCGACGCCGAGCGACUUAUACGGCGCGUAUUUAGGUUUGAUGCGAUCAGGUUUAUGGUUGGAGUGCACGCCGAGGUGUGAAAUGUUUACUGUCGGCGAGCAGGAGGAGGAGGAGGAAGGAGGAAAAGGAAAGCGCAGACGAGAUGAACAACAACAACCGCCUUUGUUGUGUUUGAUGUGCGAACCGAAUCCGAAACCGGAGGAAACGAAGAAGAGAAACACAAAGAAUAACACAACAACGAGGAACAAGAGGGACGGAAACGUCGGCAACGGCGCGAAGCGAAGAGCGAGAGCGAAGACGAAAGCGUACGCGUUCGCGCUGAACAGAGGCGUCGUCGACGAGACGUUUUUAGAGGCGGUGGCGAACGGAGAUGGUUUGGAGAGGUUAGCGGAUCCUUCUUUGAAAGAGCAGCCGGAGGCGAAGGAGAAGGCGGGUUUGAUAGCUUUGGCGAUGGAAGAGGAGAAAGGCACCGCCGCGGAACUGCCUUUGAAAGAAGACGAGAAAGAAAAUGAACGAAACCAUCGACGAAACAUCGAGGAAAAUGUAAAAGAAGAAGGAAAAGAAGAAGAACAAACCGCACCCUACGAAUCCAUCAUCGUCGUCACCAUCGACUCGGACGGCACCACCACGGCAAUGCGCGUCUCUCGAGGUUUCGUCGAGCCCGAAGAGCUCCGCCGCAAAGAAGAAAACGACGACGAAGAAGAAAACGACCUCGACGCGUCGGGCGACGACGACGAAGAAGAAGAAGAAAACGGCUUCCUCGGCGGAGGAGGAGGAGAAGCGAAGAACCCACCCAAAGGGAAGAAGAAGAAUAAUAAGACAAAGAAAAGCAUCCCCGCCGGCGCUUUAGCCUUUAGCAGUAGCGACGACGACGACGAUUUAGACGACGAGUAUAGCGAAUAG